CACACACAAGCAACGGUCACAGAAAGUUUUUUCAUGAAACGUGACAACAUUUAAACCAGACUGCUGAAGCCCCUGCAUAUAUAUCCCGCGCCUUACCACCCAAGCUUUAGCACUUCCAACUCCACUUAACACUCACUAUGGAGAACAGCAGAAUAUCCCCAUUGAAGCCAUGGAAGAAAGGCCCUGCGCGAGGCAAAGGCGGUCCUCAGAAUGCCAUGUGCGAGUAUCGAGGGGUUCGACAGAGAACUUGGGGCAAAUGGGUUGCUGAGAUCAGAGAGCCUAAGAAGAGAACCAGGCUGUGGUUGGGUUCUUUUGCCACUGCAGAAGAAGCUGCCAUGGCAUACGAUGAGGCGGCCACGAGGUUGUAUGGACCUGAUGCUUUUCUUAAUCUUCCUCAUCUCUCCAGACCAUCACCAAACAAAUCACACAAGUUCAAGUGGAUUCCUUCCAACAACUUCAUGUCCAUGUUUCCUUCAUCUGGCAUGCUCAAUGUUAAUGCACAACCUAGUGUUCAUGUUAUCCAUCAGAGGCUUCAAGACCUGAAGAGAAAUGGGGUUCUUACACAAACCUCUUCUUCCAGUUCAUCUUCAUCUGAUUCAAAAACUGAACUGAAGUUGGUAACUGACAAUCCUAAUGCAGAAAACCAUGCAUUGCUGCUGGGAAGAGAUGUGGAGGUCACAUCAGACAAGAUGCUAGAAAAUAAGGUGGAGAAACCACAGAUUGAUCUCGUAGAGUUCCUUCAACAGCUAGGAAUAUUGAAAGAAGAGAAGCAAUCACAUGGGACUGAAGUUGCAGAAAGUUCUACGGUGCCAGAAUCUCCGAUGCAGAACACUGAAGCAGGACUUGCAACCUUUGAUGACAAAAGCUUCAACUGGGAUGCACUGACCGACAUGCAUGAAAUUGUUGGCCAUCCAGUUGGAAAAUCUGAUGGCUACCAAGUUUAUGACAUCCAAGAAGAGCUCAACUUCCCUACAUCCAUCUGGAACUUCUAGAACGAUCAACAGAUCUUGCCAACUUCACUUGAUAAUAGUUAGAAAUAGGUCCUGCACUGUCACUUGAAGCAGUAGCUUAGUUACCUUCCAUGGCUUGCUCAUAGAAGAAAGUAUUUUAUCAGUCAACUUUUUCUCUUUAGAGAGAGAGGGAGAGAGAGAGAUGGAAGCUUUAAUAGGUAAAGUGAUAGGAAAAGGAAUGUCAUUGGUGCUGGCACUAGCAGUGAAACUUUUGUAGUGAUAUGAACCUCUAAGAUGUUU